UGUUGCGUUGUGGAGGAGGUUGCUAGGGAAGUGGAGGCUCCGCGGCCGGUGGUUGCUAGCGUGGCAGCGUCAGGUAGCUGCCCCCCCGCUGCCGGCUCUGGACCUGGCCCUGCGGCGUAGCAGACUACGACGUUCAGGAGAAAUACCAGUCGCAGCUGCCGCCUGACCUGGGAGGGUAGGGAGGGCCCAAGCCGCUGAAACAAGGCUGCGAAGGUUUUUCGGCCGCCCAGUCGCGACUCUAAUUUAAUACGCGGAGCGGGGACUCUUCCAGUUUGCCCCACAUCCUACCAGGUGCAGCCAUUGCUCUGUGGCAGAGUCAUGGGCGCGCCCCCUACUACUGACUGACCUCCCAGGAAUUCAGCCUUCCUGGAUUCUCCCAAUGGGAGCUGCUCCAAAGGAAGAGGUGGGGAGUGAGAGGAAUCAUCCAUCCUGCCUGUGCUAUUGGAUGAAUGGAAAACUCUGAUUUAAACAAAGUACUAACAAGGAAUUGUCCUUGAUUUCUGUACUUCGUAGCAUUCCUCAGAAUUCUUUUUACAUCUUUUCUUACUGUAAAAACUGCAUUUAAGUUAGAAAAUGAAGCAAUUGAAAAGGAAAAGGAAAAGCAAUUUCAGUGUACAAGAAACUCAGACCCUUUUGAAAGAAAUUACAAAAAGGAAAGAAGUCAUUUUUUCCAAGCAGCUCAAUACAACAAUUAAUGUGAUGAAGCGAAUGGCUUGGGAGGAGAUUGCACAGUGUGUGAAUGCUGUAGGAGAAGGAGAACAGAGAACAGGGACAGAAGUGAAAAGGAGGUACCUUGACUGGCGAGCACUUAUGAAGAGAAAGAGGAUGAAGGCGAACAUUAAGCUAGUUGGUUCGGGGUUUCCCCUUCCCACAUCCGAUUUAGAUGAUUCUCUCACUGAAGAGAUAGAUGAAAAGAUUGGAUUCCGAAAUGAUACAAAUUUUGAUUGGCAAAAUGUGGCAGAUUUCAGGGAUGCAGGUGGAUCCUUAACUGAGGUCAAAGUGGAAGAGGAAGAAAGAGAUCCACAGAGUCCUGAAUUUGAGAUUGAAGAGGAAGAAGAAAUGUUGUCAUCAGUCAUACCGGAUUCCAGGAGGGAAAGUGAACUUCCUGAUUUCCCCCACAUUGAUGAGUUUUUUACUCUGAAUUCAACACCAUCUAGGUCUGCAUAUGAUGAGCCCCAUUUGCUUGUAAACAUAGAGAAACAGAAACUAGAAUUGGAAAAACGACGGCUUGAUAUUGAGGCUGAAAGACUGCAGGUAGAGAAGGAACGCCUACAGAUUGAGAAAGAGAGGCUGCGACAGUUAGACAUGGAGCAUGAGCGGCUUCAGCUGGAGAAGGAGCGGCUGCAGAUUGAAAGAGAGAGGUUGAGGUUACAGAUAGUCACCUCAGAGAAACCAUCUUUGGAAAAUGAACUUGGUCAAGGAGAAAAGUCCGUAUAUCAACCACAGGAUAUAGAAACAGAGAAGUUAAAACUUGAGAGAGAACGCUUGCAACUAGAAAAAGAUAGGCUGCAGUUUUUAAAAUUUGAAUCAGAGAAGCUGCAGAUUGAAAAGGAGCGCUUACAAGUAGAGAAAGAGAGACUACGAAUGCAGAAGGAAGGACACUUGCAGUGAUCUAUCUAGAUCUCCAUUUAUCAAUCGUUUGUAAACCAUAGGCUUAGAUAAUAUAAAAACGGUAGCAGGAUUAGCUGUAUUUUUUUUUUCCUGUUUAGUAUUAGUAUUUUCAGGGCUUCCCUGGUGGCGCAGUGGUUGAGAGUCCACCUGCCGAUGCAGGGGACACGGGUUUGUGCCCCGGUCCGGGAAGAUCCCACAUGCUGCGGAGCGGCUGGGCCCGUGAGCCAUGGCCGCUGAUCCUGCGCGUCCGGAGCCUGUGCUCCACAACGGGAGAGGCCACAACAGUGAGAGGCCUGCGUACCGCAAAAAAAAAAAAAAAAAAUUGGUGUUUUCAAUAGGAAAAAGAUAGUUAUUUGUGGGUAAUUAUAUGCUUAAGUAGUAUAUUGUAUAAAAACUAUGUACCCUUGCAUAAACAGUAUAGCAAAAACUAUUGUGCUAUACUCUUUAAAUUAGUAAAAUUACAUAGUCUUGUCUAAUCUGUGCACUCAGAGUUUACAAUUAUGUCUGUAAAAUUCUAGCUCAAUAGUUCUCAACUGGGGGUGACUUUGGCUCCCAAAAGAUACUUGGCAGUGUCUGGAGACAUUUUUGGUUGUCAAAACUGGGCAGUGGGGCAUGUUGCUACUGGCAUGUAAUAAGGAGAGACCAGGGAUGCCUACAUCGUGCAAUGCACAGGACAGCCCCCCACAAAAAAGAAUGAUCCAACCCAAAAUGUCAACAUUGCUGAGGUUGAGAAACCCUGUCCUAGCCUGACUGAGCACCUCUUCAGCUUUGUUUCAGUUUCAGAAUAUUAAAACCUCAGAUAUUUAUGUGGGAGUUACUUAAAUGGCCCAGAACUUUAACUAUGAAACAUUACUGUGUAGUAUAUUGAAUAUAGAAAGUUAUGAAGAUUAUAGGUAUUUUAUUCAUAUGUUUCCAUCUGUAAAUAACGUGAGUCAGAAAACAAUGUAGGGAACAUCAGAGAUUGUCUAAAGUGGGUCACUUUGAAAAGCAGUUAAUUCGUCUAGCUAUUGAUGCUUUAGAUACCACGCACACUUUUUAAGCUUUAGUUAGUUACCCUUUCUUCUUUGACUUCAUUGUCUUAGUUUAGACAAAAAUUUUCAUUUCAGACAUGUACUGAAAUCUUAAUGUAAGUGGUUGAAGCUAGUAAAAAUGUUACCAAUUUAAAAACGGUACCCGUAGUCAAUGAGCUUGAACUCGGUAAGUGGUAAUUUGAUUUUUAAAAUAGAUAAUAGCUAUUUGGAACUGGGAGUGGGGGUGGGGGGAGAAUGUCCUUGUAUCCAAUAGUAAUGAUGAUGGUGAUGAAAUAAUGAUAGUAGCUGUGUGUUUUGAAUUAGGGAAUCACUGCACACUACCUGACCUAAUCUGUAGAAAACUGAGAGUAGUAUCUAUUAUUAUUCCUGAAUCUGAGACUUAGAAGUCAUACAGUGUGUAAAUGGCUAAUUUCAUAUAUCAUGAUGUAUUUUGUCUUUGCUCCUCCCUGUGCAACAAAGUAUGUAUCUUUAGUUCCUUUGGUGUUUAUUCUGAGACCAAGGGCUUGCUUAAUUUGGUGAUUUGCCUUCAGUCCCCUGAAGGUACUUCUUCCACAAUCCAGGUGAUUCUAAUGCACACUAAAGUUGAGAAUCACUGCACGAGAUCACUUUGUAUUUUCCCAUUUCCAGAGCUGAUAUGUAGCCUUAGUAUAUCUCUUCUAUUGACAGGUACUACCUUGAUUCUGCAUUUGGUCCUUGUUAAUUUAAGAAUGUCUUGAAACCAUAUGUGACAUUUGAGUAUGGGUAUAUAAGGAAAAAAUAUACUUCUUCUUAGUUACCUUGACUUUGAAAUAGUGUUAUUUUUCUAUAACUGAAAUAAAUGCUUCUACCAUAAAAAUAAAAUUUGCCUAUACUAACUAUGUGAACGUUUAUCAUUUCAAGUGAUGCUCAGUGAUGAGGGUUGAGGUUGUGAAGCCUGGAAAAGAGCUUUAUCAUGGAUUUGUUUUAAUGGCGAUGGCAGGAGUUCAAGAGCGAAAGAAGUGAUUCUCAAAGUGUCUUGAGGUCAAGGCUCAGGACUGGCACUUCACUUCUGCUGCACGAUACUGGCCAAAAACAAAUCAUCGGGUCAGACCAGAGUUGACAGGGCUUCCCUGGUGGCACAGUGGUUAAGAAUCCGCCUGCCAAUGCAGGGGACACAGGUUUGAGCUCUGGUCCGGGAAGAUCCCACAUGCCGUGAAGCAACUAAGCCCAUGUGCCCCAACUACUGAGCCUGUGCUCUAGAACCUGAGAGCCACAACUACUGAGCCCGUGUGCUGCAACUACUGAAGCCCGUGUGCCUAGAACCUGUGCUCCACAACAAGAGAAGCUACCACAAUGAGAAGCCCACGCACCGCAACGAAGAGUAGCCCCCCCUCACCACAACUAGAGAAAGCCUGCGCACAGUGAUGAAGACCCAACACAGCCAAAAAUAAAAUAAAUUAAUUUUAAAAAUAAUUUUUAAAAAUUCAUGCAAAACUCUUGAUAAACAAAAUAUGAAAUUUUGAAAACUUAAAAAUUGACAUAGUAAAACAAAUGGUACCUUGCUACCUUGCAAAAGAAGUUUCAGUAAGCUGAAGUUAAUUAAAAAUUAUUGAAGAUGUUUACUUAUUUUAAAAAAGUGUCAAAAAUGUCAAUUCUCUCAAUUGAAAAGAAGAUAAAGAAGUUAAUUUUGAAAGUACUAUGAGUUUGUUUGAUUAAAGCCAAGAAAGUAAAAACGUAAUACAGGGGCUUCCCUGGUGGCGCAGUGGUUGGGAGUCCACCUGCUGAUGCAGGGGACACAGGUUUGUGCCCUGGUCUGGGAAGAUCCCACAUGCCGCGGAGCGGCUGGGCCCGUGAGCCAAGGCUGCUGAGCCUGCGCAUCCGGAGCCUGUGCUUCACAACAGGAGAGGCCACAACAGUGAGAGGCCCACGUACAGCAAAAAAAAAAAAAAAAAAGGUAAUACAUUUUGAUAUAAAUAAAAUAUUUAAACCUAAAAUAAUAUUGUUGGUUUAAUACAUCUAUUUUUUAAAUUUUCAAUAUUUUUUCAACUACCUUAAUAUUCUAUAAUAAAAGCUAACCAUUACAAACAAAAAACUUAUAUAGGGACAUUUUUUCUUUUACUUCACAGUCUCAUAUGGCUUGAUAUGGAGCUCUCUGAAUAUUAUCUUUGUUUAAAAUUUUGAAGUUUUAUCAAAAUGUUUUGUAGCAAUUUUGAUUUUUAAAAGAAUAUUGCAAUAAAAUAUUAUUUAACUUGA